AUGGCGGCUGUGGGGGAAGCAGGCGACAAGCAGCUGCCCGCACAAGAGGGGCCGCGCACACCCCGAGCCCCCAUGGCCCAUCGAGCCCUCCGUGUCCAUGUGACCAUCCCGGUGGCCAGCAUCUCCGGAGAAAACGCCUCGCUCAGGACCCAGGAUGGAUGUGCAGGCGGCGGGGGCGGGGCGGGCGGCGGCGGCGGCGGGGGUGCGGGCGGCGGUGCGACCGACGGGGGCGACGACCUCGGGGCCAGCGACGAGCUCAUCACCUUCCAGGACGAGGGCGGCGAGGAGCAGGAGCCCAGCAGCGACAGCGCGUCGCUGCAGCGGGACCUGGACGAGGUCAAGUCGUCCCUGGUCAACGAGUCGGAGAACCCGAGCAGCAGCUCGGACUCGGAGGCGGAGAGGCGCCCGCAGCCCGCCCGGGACGCUUUCCAGAAGCCGCGGGACUACUUCGCCGAAGUGAGGAGGCCCCACGACGGCGCAUUCUUUAAGGGCCCCCCCUACCCGGGGUACCCGUUCCUGAUGAUUCCGGACUUGAGCAGCCCGUAUCUCCCCAACGGCCCCCUGUCCCCCGGCGGAGCGCGCACGUACCUGCAGAUGAAGUGGCCCCUCCUUGAUGUCCCCUCCAGCGCCACGGUCAAGGACGCAAGGUCCCCGUCCCCAGCACACCUGUCUAAUAAGGUUCCUGUUGUGCAGCACCCACAUCACAUGCAUCCACUGACACCCCUCAUCACCUACAGCAAUGACCACUUCUCCCCUGGCUCUCCACCCACGCACCUCUCUCCGGAGAUUGAUCCAAAGACAGGAAUCCCCCGGCCCCCUCACCCGUCAGAGCUGUCACCCUAUUAUCCACUGCCACCUGGAGCUGUUGGACAAAUCCCUCACCCCCUCGGCUGGUUCGUCCCACAGCAAGGACAGCCCAUGUACCCCCUGCCUCCUGGUGGCUUCCGGCACCCUUACCCUGCUCUCGCCAUGAAUGCCUCCAUGUCCAGCCUUGUCUCCAGCCGGUUCUCCCCUCACAUGGUGGCUCCCGCUCACCCCGGUCUGCCCACCUCAGGGAUCCCCCACCCCACCAUCGUCUCCCCAAUUGUCAAGCAGGAGCCCGCGGCCCCCAGCCUGAGCCCAGCCGUGAGUGCGAAAUCACCGGUGACGGUGAAGAAGGAGGAAGAAAAGAAGCCCCAUGUGAAGAAGCCUCUGAAUGCCUUCAUGUUGUAUAUGAAGGAGAUGCGGGCCAAGGUGGUGGCCGAGUGCACCCUGAAAGAGAGUGCCGCCAUCAACCAGAUUCUGGGGAGGAAGUGGCACAACCUGUCCCGAGAAGAGCAGGCCAAAUACUAUGAGUUGGCACGGAAGGAGCGGCAGCUUCAUUCUCAGCUCUACCCGACCUGGUCUGCCCGGGAUAACUACGGUAAGAAAAAGAAGAGGAAGAGAGAAAAGCAACUUUCACAUACACAGUCACAGCAGCAAGUCCAGGAGGCAGAGGGUACCUUGGCCUCCAAGAGCAAGAAGCCGUGUGUUCAGUACUUGCCUCCCGAGAAGCCCUGUGACAGCCCUGCCUCCUCUCAUGGCAGCAUGUUAGACUCCCCGGCCACCCCCUCUGCUGCCUUGGCCUCACCAGCUGCUCCUGCUGCCACCCACUCGGAGCAAGCGCAGCCUCUGUCUCUCACCACCAAACCAGAGACCCGUGCCCAGCUGGCUCUCCACUCGGCUGCCUUCCUGUCAGCCAAGGCUGCAGCUGCUUCCUCCAGCCAAGUGGGCAGCCAGCCUCCCCUGCUGUCCCGGCCCCUGCCCCUGGGCUCUAUGCCCACAGCUCUGUUGACCUCUCCCCCCUCCUUCCCAGCCACACUCCAUGCCCCCCAGGCCCUCCCAGUGCUCCAAGCCCAGCCUCUUUCCUUGGUCACCAAGUCUGCCCACUAGGCUGCCCCGGACCGAUUCAGGUUGUCAAGUGACUCAUCGAGUAAGAAUGAUUCA